AUGCCAGAUUCUAAUGCCAUCUAUCCUUUCCACCUCUCAAUACCCCAAUCCGAACUCGAUGACUUACAAACGCGUCUCCGGCUCACCCGCUGGCCGGACAAGGAGACCGUCUCAGACGACUCCCAAGGCGUACCCCUCGCAACUAUGAAAGAACUCUGCUUGUACUGGCAAAACGAAUACAACUGGCGCAAAUUAGAGAUAUACUUUCUACACAUACGGUCAAAACAUGAGAAUGCUUUGCCUAUGCUCUUGACACAUGGUUGGCCAGGCUCUGUAUUGGAGUUCAGACAUGUGAUUGAUAAACUCAUUGAUCCAGAGGUUCCCAAGGCUGCUUUCCAUCUCAUCAUCCCAGCAUUGCCAGGCUAUGCGUUCUCUGGAAAGCCGACAGAGACAGGAUGGGGUAUCCAACGAACAGCAAAAGCUUGGGUGGAGUUGAUGUCAAGACUAGGAUAUACAGAAGCCUCCUGGGUAGCCCAAGGCGGCGACUGGGGCGCCCACAUCUCAGCCUGCUUAGGCAACAUGGCACCAAAAGGACUAAAAGCCAUACAUCUAAACUCCAUAUUUCUAGAACCAAAGAAAGAAAUCCUCACCCCAACCAAAAACAAAGCAGGCGAAAACCGCGCAAUGGACUUCGACGCCCACAGAGACGUCCACCACUACGGCUACUACACGCAACAAAAAACCCGCCCCCAAACCCUCGGCUACGGUCUCGCCUCCUCCCCCAUAGCCCAAGCAUCCUGGAUCUACGAAAAACUGCUCUCCUGGUCCGAUCACAAGCCCUCCUCUGCAUCAUCCCCUCCAUUCACCACCGACGAAAUCCUAGAUAACAUAUCACUGUAUUGGUUUUCCAACAGCGCCACCUCCUCCGCGCGUUUCUACUUCGAAUGCGAAUUCGACAGUACGGCGUGGGAGAUAAAGUUGCCGGUGGGAGUGAGUUGGUUUCCGGGGGAUACGGCGUAUGGACCUAGGGAAUGGUGUGAGAGAUAUUAUAGAGAUAUCGUGCAUUGGAGGGAGAUGGAGAGGGGUGGGCAUUUUGCUGCGUGGGAGGUGCCGGAUCUGUUUGUUGCCGAAGUGCGUGAGUGGAGGGGGAAGAUUGAGGGAUAGAGGGAUAGAGGCGUGGUUGGGCAUGUGGAUAUGAGGUUAUGAGUUAUGAUUUAUGGUGAAGGUUGACUGGAUGUCAUGUAGAAGAUGUUGAUGAUGGUAGAUCAGGACUUUGGCGUUUCCAUCUCCUGCUAUAGGAAGCUUUGCCUCAGCAUUCAGUAUCAUCGAGACGCGUGCUUGAGCUAUGGGAGGAAGACGUGAACAACCAUGUAUUCCGGUCUGGUCACCAGGCUUCAAUGUAUCGGCAGCGGAGUGGGGUAAGGUAGGAUUCAAGUGCACUUAACCGACUGUCAUUUCACGUCGAGAAC